CAAAGACUCAACGGAGAGUGACCAGAAAUAAUUGUGGGUGGGCUGUUAGUUGGGUUCGUCCCUGGGACCUUCUGCACGCGAGGUAGAUGUCUUGGGAUCAUGGCUUUUGGAGACAUGAACCGGAAGAGGCAUUUGGGAUUGCAGCAACUUUUUUCUUUGGCAUCCCCUGUAAAGAGCUUUUUAGGACCAGUUAAAUCAUUUAAAUUUAUUGUUGAUGGAAGAACUUAUGAAAGUGUGUUGAUUUGCUCUGCAGUAAGACUUCUUGAAAGCUUGGAUUCAGAUAAAGCAGUGGGACAACUUCUUAGCGAUGCCAUCCAGGCACAGAACAAGGAGUAUAAAACUGGAACAGCAACCCUGUUGUUUCUUGUUAGUUUAUGGAGCAAUGCCGUACUUGAGUGCCUUGAGCAGGGAGUUCCCCUUUCAGUAAUAGUAGCUGUGAUGUCUGAAGGUCUUGGUUCUUGCAUUGAACAAGUUCAGUGCCUGAAAAUAUCAGUACCCAACAUGACACAAAAGCUAGAUGAUAUUCCUAUAAAAUAUGACCACAAACCCUUCAUUGACAUCUGGUCUGAUACAACUGGAAGGCAGAUGAUGGAAAUGAAAACUUCAGGUAUCAACCUCAUUUUCAAAGGCCAUACGCCAGAAAAACAGUUAAAAGACCCUACCAUUCAGCAAGCAAAUACUGUUGGGCCUUGGGAAAGUUCUCAAAAUCCAUUGGUGUUCAUUAAAAGCAACACAACAUGUUCACAUGCUAAGUCAGUAGAUGACAAUUGUGUUUUCACAGUUUGCAAAAGUCCUUUGAAUGUGUCAGAUGGUAACAAAAGAUCAAAAUUCAUCCAUAGUAGAUAUUUCAGUACUGCAAGGGAAAUUCAAUCACAACAUCCAACAGAUUACUUGGAUGGAUCUGCAGAAAGGAGGAAUGAACUCAAAUGUUUGGAUCGAGUGGCAAUGUCUCUUAGCCAUGGGAAGGGGCCUGAAAUGAAACUGGUACAGGAUAUUCUUAGAUGCUGCUUGCAGACUGAUUAUCAAACAGCUGGCUCCCAUCCUUUUCAGUUUAAUAUUUCAGAAAUAGUAACUUGCUGUUUACCAGGGAUGUCUGAAAGUUAUUCUUGUGUUUGUCCUGGGUAUAUCAUGUUAUUAGGUCCAGAGAAAGCUGUUGUUGCUAAGCAGCUUCUGGAUAGACUUCUUAAUAUUGUUCUUGUAGAUGGUGAUCUAACAGAAAUGUAUCGCCAUUUGGGUUUUAACAGGUCAUGCAAUGUGAGAAUGGUCUUAGAAAGUGGGAAUUAUCCAGCAACUAGCUCAGGCUUGUGGGAUGACACUGUGUUAGAUAUUCUGAAUCAGUACCACAUUGAUUUAAUUUUGGUGCAAGGAAAUACAUGUGAAAGUUUAGAGGAAAAAUGUUUGCAACAUAACAUACUGAUUAUUAAUCAUGUAACUCAUAGGGUGUUGCAAGCUUUUAGCAAUACUACAGGAGUGGAAAUAGUGACUUACCUUGCUCAGGUGAAUGAACACUGUGUUGGCAAGGAUGUCUAUUUAAACUUCUGGGGAACUGGAGAAUCAAGUUGGAUAGAAGUGGAUAGCAGAGUUCCGAUCGUUAUAACAGCAAAAGGAAUUCGUCUGGUAACAGUGGUGCUGAGCAGUCCAGUAUUAUCCAAGAUGCAAGCCAUUGAAGAUAACUUUUGGACUUGUGCUUAUCGUGUACAUCAUGCUCUCCUUGAUAAAGCAGUCUUUCCUGGAGGUGGUGCCAUUGAGUUGCUGUGCCUCAAUUAUCUUGAGAAGUUGGGGAAAGAGGCUAAAAAUUCCUCAGGAGAAUUUCAUGUUGGUUCCUCCUGGCUUGCAAAAUCUUUGGAACAGUAUAAACCUUUGGUGCUUAAUGCUUUGGCAUACGGUUGGCACCAGUACCUUUGCACUGUCUUGUGCAACACUGCAAACAGUACAUCUGAGUUUGAAGCCAGCAUUUUCAUACAGCAGCAUCUCAGAAAAGCAGCAAUGCACAGUUCACCUUCCAACUAUAUAAUGGAUCUGUUUAGAAAGGAAGAGUUGGGAGUGGCAAUCUUUGAACAUGUAGGGACAUAUGAAAAGACUUUAAAAGUGUAUGACAAUGUAAUGGCUAAGACAGAGGCAUGGCGUAGAGCUCUAGAUUUAGUGCUUCUAGUUCUUCAGACAGAUGCUGAAAUUAUAACAGGGCCUAAGAGAGAGCAGCUGUUAAAAUCACAAGUCUCCAGUGAGCUGGUGUUUUUAUAAGAAUUUGUAAGCCUACAUAUGGUCAUAUUUAUAGAAUAUGCACAAGUUUGAAAGCAGAUACAAUAAAUACUUCCGGAAGAUCCUGUUUGUGAGACAAUCCCUCCAAAACUGUUAUACACAAAAAGUUUUAUUUUAAUAACUGUACAUAAGUUGUAAACAUAGGAUGACCCCCUCCCCGCUCUGUUGGCAGCACAGAGAAAAAACCUAGUCUUCCUUUUGAGUAAAUAAAAUAUAAAUGUGUAUGGUUCUAUAA